ACCCAUUAAUUCGCGAAUACCUAGCGUGUUGGGUUAGGUUUGAGUUUUUCAAACCCAGUAGAUUUUAUCCCAAUUUUUUUUCUGCGGAUAAACCCAUAAAUUUGGGUUUGGAUUUGACAAAACCCGACCCAUCAACAUCCCUACUUCCCGCAAGCCUCAAGGGCCAAGGCUCAGGCUAUCCGUUUCUCAUUUGAUAAACGAACACAAAACAACCAUCUUCUUAAAACGAAAAAAGAAAGUAGAUAAAUAGAGCGGGGGAAAUGAGAAGGAUCACUGGCCAAGAAACAAAGCAACGGCAAUGGCUGUAGCUUCAUCACUCUCCAUGAGCUUGGUUUCAACCGCUGCAGCAAUAACCAAAAGGGUACCUGUUGCUUCCUUAUCAUCAUCGGCCGGCAACGAGCCAUCAGUCAGUUUCUCAUCCGAACCGUCCUUCCAUGGAGAAGCUAGUAGCAAUUUGAAGAGAAGACAACUGAUUUUCGGGCUUGGAGGAGCACUCACCACAAGUACUCUAAUCCCUCUGAACUCUGCUUCUGGUGAAGAGAUGAUGAAGAAGUACCAAAGUUAUGUGGAUCUUGAAGAUGGGUAUUCCUACAUCUACCCAUCAGAUUGGAGAGAUUUCGAUUUCAGGGGACACGAUUCGGCGUUCAAGGACAGGUACCUGCAGAUCCAGAAUGUGAGGGUGAGGUUCAUACCGACGAAGAAGAAGGAUAUCCAUGAACUGGGUCCAAUGGAGCAGGUCAUAUCCGAUUUGAUCAGCAAAGUUUAUGCUGCUCCAACUCAAAGGCCAACCAUUUACUCCAUGGAAGAGAAAAGCGUGGACGGGAAGAAUUACUACACGUUCGAGUACGAGCUCACCUCUCCUAACUACUCCAGCGUCUCCUUCGCCACCAUUGCUAUUGGCAACGGGAGGUAUUACACGCUGAUCGUGGGAGCGAACGAGAGACGGUGGAAAAGGGUUCGCAACCAGCUCAAAGUUGUUGCAGACUCUUUCAAGUUGCUCGACAUUUGAUUCUUCAAUCAAUGUAUCAACAACUCCAGUCCACAGUUGCACCAUUUCCAUGUGAAAACUACUGUAAAUGGAGUGCUCGAGGCGCCGAUUUCUGUGCCAUAAACGCAUUCCUGCAACAUGUCCAUGGAGCACCCUUGAUAUUAAGAAGCUCCAGUUCUUACAUCAAAAUAAGUCAAUUAACAUCAACCAAUGUCAUAGUUGAGGAAUGUUGAAAAGCUAUAGAAUUAUCAACGUAGCUAUUUACAGAGGAAAAUAUUACAACAAAUGCCUUUCCUCCUCCCUCCCUCCCCCAUCCUUAAUUUACCCCUUCCAGUAUGGUAAAAGAAUUUACAGUGACCCGAAGACAUAAACAAAUUGUUCCUUCCCCAGCUGCUUGUCUUUCGACUUAGUCUCAUCUCUCUGCUGCAUUACCAAAUUACAUCCAAGGCCAUAAACGAUUUCAAAAUUC